UUGAAGAAUUCGUUUUCAUCAACAGGUGGGCGAGUGGUGGACGGAUUGAAAAAUGAAUUGUGUUUAAAUAUUUAUGACUAUUAACUGGAACAAAGCGAGCUCCCAACGACAGCAAUGAAUUAGAAUGACUACAUAUGAAGGACCAUUGAAUUAGUGGCAAAUUGAACCAGGAUGAGGCAUUAAAGACGAUUGAACGAAGGGUAUUUCUUGUACUCCAUCAUGUGGUGAUUCGCCAUGUUUAUACAAACGAGAUCAUUGCUCGUUGUCCUUGCCUUUUCGUCUGUGGUUUUAUACACGUUGGUGAACUUUAUUCGCAAUGAUCUUUCCUUUUCAAACUGUCUCUACAAUACACGGAUAGCACGUGGAAGCAUGUUACCAUGGCAAUCAAAAGAAAAAAGAAGCGAAACUUCCGCACGAACACCGAUAAAAACAUCACGAAACAAGCAAAAUCAGCCGCAACAACUGAACUCCAAAUCCAAAAAAUGCAAACGCGUCGAACAUAUUUUGUUUCUAAAAACUCAUAAAACUGGAGGAAGUACUAUUACAAACAUACUAAAUCGUUAUGGUGACAAGUGGAACCUCACUUUCGCUCUUCCCAGACAAAAACACCUCUUYACGUUYCUAUGGCCGACGAGGUUUCGCUUUUCUUACRCCGCACCUUUGUACAAGUUCGACUUGAAUAUUCUUUGUAAUCAUGCAAGGUAUAAUCGUAAACCGAUGCACUGGCUUUUUCCUAAGAAAACGUCCAAGUAUAUUACGAUACUCAGGCAGCCCAUCAAGCAAUAUGAGUCUGUUUUCAAUUUCAUGCAUUUUGCAAAUCCACUUGGGUUCGCCGCCGAAAAGGACCCUUUAGGGACAUUCCUGAAAUAUCCCCCAUCAUUUAAGGACACGCACCCUCUCAUGAAGAAGACACUUGCUUUGCACCUGCUUAGAAACCCAAUGAUGUUUGAUUUAGGACUUGAUUUUAAAUAUUUUCAGAAUAAUACUGCUAUAGAGAAGUAUAUAGACUAUCUUGAUCAUGAGUUUGAUUUGGUCAUGAUCAUGGAACAUUUUGACGAAUCGUUAAUACUACUGAAACAGUUAAUGUGUUGGUCUUAUGAAGAUAUACUUUACUUCAAGCUGAACGAGCGUCAAGACAAACACAAGCGUAAAGAACUAGAUAAAACAGUUCAAAAUAAUAUCCUAAGUUGGAACCACGCAGAUAAUUUACUCUAUCAAUACUUCAAUCGGACUUUAUGGAAGAAAAUCAAGGCCCAAGGAAAAUCUUUCACAAGGGAAUUGGAAAUUUUUCGCCGAAUAAAUUCGAGGAUUUCCAAGAAAUGCCUUCAAAAGGGUAAUUUCCUGGACGAAGCUUACACCGGUGUGUACGUCAAGGGAUAUUCUCUGAGAAAAGAUUUACCAGCUUCAUUGAAAAAACGAUGUGAAAACAUGAAAAAGAAUGAAAUAUCUUAUGUUAAACACUUCCGAAGAAAGACUAGUGAGAGAAUCAUGAAAAUGGAGGAACCCGACGAAUAUUUGGAUGACCCGAUGAACGAUUGGGACAUUACGAAUGACUACGAACACAUUCCGUUCAUGUCCGGAUACGGUUCGGCUUACGAAGAUGAAACAGAGAAGAGUAAAAAGAGCUGACAAAGGAACACUUCUAUAGUUGAAAAAUUAUCUUCUUGAAC